AUGACUCGGCGAGGUGGAAGCUCUGAUGGAACGUUUUACUUUCAGGCAUGGCACGUCGCCAAAGUCGUGAGCGGGGAGUCGUGGCCUCAGAAUAAAGGCCUGGCCGACUUUGUCGAGCAGAAUGUCGGCCCCGCGACAAAGAAAUGGCUGUAUAUCAAGGGAUGCGUGCCAACCAGGGAGAAGCCCGGACUUCUCGUUCCCUACUCUAUCUGUGUCAAGUUACGCUCUCCAAAAUCUGGGCAGGACCCAAAAGAGGCGGAACAGGCUCUCCUCCACUUUCGCAAUGAAGAGUUCCCCAGCCUUGCAAAGACUUACUUCAACUCCAAGCUACGCAUCUCGCUGGACUUCUUCAACUACUACUCCGAGGGCGCAGAUUUCGACGCUCCUCUGGCCAACUUUGAUUCCGUCAAGACUUCCAAGAGGUUGAAGGAAAAGGUCAAAUCGGCCGUCAAGUUCGUCAAAAAGGACUUUUGGGGCGACCUUGUCCAUGGAUUGGUCGAUUCUUCAAAAGCAGAGUUCAAGGCGGCUCGGUUCAUCAGGAAGCGAGGCAAAGGUAUGUACAAGGCCAUGGGGGACCCGGAGGACGUAGAGGAGAGCGACGUUGUUGACAUAUCCCUCGACCUUUCAGACCCUGCCUCCAACCCCAACAUCCUGCCUGCCACGCCGCUGCAAAACCCGCUCCCGCUCCCCGUCUCGCUCCCGGGCGCCAGCUUUGCUCGUGUUCCGGAGCCUGACGUGUCUCCUUCGCCUCGACCGAGAAAGGCAUCAGAUCUCUCCGACACCACCGUCGGCUCUACAGAUACGCGUGCUACCGAUGCUAGCUCUGUUGUCACCGUCGAUACCGCACAGUCUUCGAUCGUUGGUGAAGAGUCCUCCUCUUCUGAGGUGCAGGAUGCAAAGGAGGCCUCCUCCGAGUUGGCUGUAGUGGCCGAGGAAGAGGAAGCAUCUACAUCUCCUGCUAUCGAAGAAACUCAAGUCGAAGCUGAAGUAGACGCUGUCGAAGCUGAGGCUAAAGUUGAAGUCGAAACUGAAGCUGGUGCUGAAGUUGAAGCUGAGGUCGAAGCCGAAGUCGAAGCUGAAGUUGAAGCUGAAGUCGAGACUGAUGCUGAUGCUGAGGUUGAAGCUGAAGCUGAUGAUGAAGCUGAAGCUGAGGUUGAACCCGAGGUUGAUGCUGAAGUAGAUGCUGAAGUUGAAGCUGAAGCUGAGGUUGAACCCGAGAUUGAUGCUGAAGUAGAUGCUGAAGUUGAAGCUGAAGUCGAAGCUGAAGUCGAAGCUGAAGUCGAGAUUGAAGCUGAAGUCGAGAUUGAAGCUGAUGCUGAGGUUGAAGCUGAUGCUGAGGUUGAAGCUGAUGCUGAGGUUGAAGCUGAUGCUGAGGUUGAAGCUGAAGCUGAGGUUGAAGCUGAGGUUGAAGCUGAAGUUGAAGUUGAGGUUGAUAUGACAGACUCGGAUUCGUCAUACCAAGAGACAAUGACUGAAGCUGCCGACGCUACCAGUUCUCCCGCAACCACCAUCACCCCUUCUUCCAGCGUCGUGGCCACCAGGAGAAAGAUGAAUUGUGUCUCGCCUCAAGCCGCACAGACAGCCUACUUCAUGGUGCAGAAUAGCGGUAACUGGCUUCGCUACCUCAUGGCCAACCACGGCCAGGGUGCCCAAAAGCUGGGGUCUGCCUUUUUCGACUCGCCCAUCAUCCUCGCCGCACCUCUCCAGGCCCUCAGUCCAGACGGCAUGACGCGUGUGUAUUUCAUGUCACAAGCCACGAAAGAGCAAGAUGAAGUGAAUUACGACAAGAAUGGACGCCCGGUUCACGCUCGUAAGGGUGGCAACUCAGUCCAGGAAUGGGUCGUCGGAAGCGCCAAGAUCUCGACCCAGGCUCUCACCAUGCAUCUUGGCAAGCAGCUCGAGAAUAGGAAUGCCAGACUCCUACCGGCGCCUCCGCCCGCGGUGCGCGAGGUCGACUCGGUCGUCGGUCCCAACAACCGACUGAUAGAGAUGACCGAUGCGCCAGGCAUUCCUCAAGCCAUCCUAGUCACAACGCCCCAUCCUGUCGAGGAUGUCCGGGAGGGCGAUAUUGUGCAGGAAGAGCACGACGACGGCUUUGUUCAUAUCGAGACCAACGCCCUCAACAAGCUGGUCGAGGAGGUGGUAUCCGAGAAUGCAGACGGUGCCGAUAAGAAGGGCAAGGGAGUGAUGAAGCCUGAGAGGAAGUCCCGUUCCAAGGGCAAGCUUCCGAGCACCAAACACAGAUCCAAGACGAACAUGAAGAAUUCCAAAGACAGGAUCAAAAAGAUGACCAAGUUGGAUCAAACGACGGAUGCCAGCACAAGCGCGAGGGCACAUGUCAGGUUUGAUAUCCCGGUUGACGCCGAUGGCGUCCCGCCUCGCAAACCAUCCAAGGUAUAUACUCCUCCUUUCAACCGGAAAUCUUGGCGAGAUGUGGAGCCUCAAGAGCCACAGGUCAUGUACGAUGCCACGAGCGGAUACAACUUCUUGCAAGUGGAAGACGUCCAAGUCUUUUCGUUCUCGACGUCCUCCCACGACACGAUGCUGCGCACUGCUCCCGUCGCCCCCGCGGCGGUUGAGGAGGGCGAGGGCAUCGGUGUCUGGUCACCUCCCGUCGUCGGCAUUUUCUCUUGGAUGUGGGAUUAUUUGGGAGGAGCGCCCAAGGUCGCUGCAGUGCAUUAA